UUAGUCAGUAUCAAGCGUUAUCGGAAUCAAUUUGAAAAAUACAAAAUUAAUUACAAUGAACAACAACGAGUUUUUAAAAAAUAAUCCAAGUGUUGAAAUUGAACCAAAACAAAACUUUCAUUUUCGAUAUGAGAGUGAAAUAGAGCAAGGAAAUUCGCAUGGUGCAUUGACUGGCCAAGAAGGAGAUCAUCCCAAAAUAAAAUUACGUUUACCUGAAAAUGGCCAUCUUGAUGAGUGUGGAAAUAAACGUGAUUUUUUUGUACUUUGUUCAUUGCAUUGUUUUGAUAACAAUAGAACUCUUUCACCGCAUCUUCUAUUGCCAAAAGGGGAAUCGAAACUUAACUAUAACUUUAUAUUCGAAAAAAUGGAUGUUUGUGGAGACAAUCCAGGACAGCGCGUUUGGGAGUUAAGAGACUAUGUUGUUGUGCGUUUAAAAAAUUCGGAAUACAAGAGAUCUCUUACAAACAAAGCAACGGCAUAUGAUAGUUUAAAAUUGCCAGUCGAUUUUGCAAAACUUAUGGGACAAUUAGAUUUAAAUAAUGCCCGAGAAGUGAAAUUUAGUGGAAAGUUGAACGUCUGUCUGGGCUUUACAAUAUUCGAAAGAGAUUUUUACCAAAACACAUAUUCAUUGUAUAGGGAUACUAUAUAUUCAUGCAACAUAUACCAUGGUGAUGAUUUGAAAAUUAAAAGUCUUUGCAAUAUAAAAGGCAGUAUACAUGGAGGCACCAUAGUUACCAUCUUAAUCAGACUUGAGUCAAAUUUGCCACUUAAUAUUUUCAUAAAGAAAAUCGAUAAAAAAAAAACCGUAUGGUCUACAACGGUAAAAAUUUCAAACAAGGAUAUAUUCUUAAAUGCUGCCGUAACGUUUACAAUGCCACCAUAUGGAGGACCCAAAAGUGAGGAUGACGAAAUUGAAGUAAAUAUGUGUGUUAUGGUAGAAAACACCACGUACAAAAGCGAUAGUUUCAAAUUCUUCUAUAUCAAUGAAAGGGCACGUAAACGUCCAAGAGUAACAGAACAACAAGAUAACCCUCCAGAACAAAGAGAAAAAGUAUCAAAGCAAUCGCGUGAUGUAUGUUUUGUAUCAUAUGAUCAUGCAACUUUGCCGGAGUUCUGCUUCAACGCUGAGAAUAAUGUCGAUAUUCAAUUUAAAAUUGAUAAAAUUUUUAAAACUGUAAAGAAUCCUAAUCACAUUGUAUCAUGUGAACAUUUGUAUUCCAUAUUUUACGAUGCUUUAGAAUCGGAGGAAGCAUUCAAACAUCUUUAUAAAAUGGCCAAUGAAGCAAGUAACAAUAAGCUGGUAGCAGAUUUUCGCAAUGAAAAUCGUGAAAAUCUCUUGCACAUGGCGUGUCAAAUGAACAAGUUCAAGAGAAUACGUCCUUUAAUUGGAUUGGGAUGUCAUAUCAAUGAGCAGGACUACAUCGGAAGAACACCGUUGCACGUUGCUCUGGCUAAACAACAUAUCGAUUGUGUUGCGGAAAUUCUGUUUAUCUUCAACAACAUUUCAAAGUACCCCAAAGAAGUUGAAACUGAUUUAAUGAAAAUGAUUGGGGCCUACAAUCACGAUGGCCAUACAGUUUUACAUGCCGCCAUGCUCGGCCAAUAUAAUGAAUUAUGCGAAGCUAUAUUGAUGUUCAUGCAUAAACACGAUAUGAAUGUUUUGGACUUUGAAGUGUUGGGAAGUGGUGAUUCCAUUGCACAUUUAGCUGUUAAACACAAUCUUAUAACGAUUCGACCUCUUAUAGAAAAAUAUGUGCCAAAUUACAAGAUGGUUAACAAUUAUGCUGGUAUAAUGGUGUCGCAGUUGGAGUGUGAAAUGUUAAAAAAUUUAAACAUUUAAUUUAAUAAUAUAAUAUUUAAUAUUUUUCUAUUUAUCUUAUAUAAAAAAUCGAUUUUUGUUUGAAAAUAUAAUCCAUUUGGACUAGUAUUUACCGACUUAUACCCACUUUAAUGUUUUACUUGAUUUUCAUAUAAAAAAUCGAUUUUUGUUUGAAAAUAUAAGUGAUCACAGAUGAUGGUCCUUGAUUUUCAUAUAAUAUAUCAAUUUUUGGUUGGAAAUAUAAGUGAUCACAGAUGAUGGUUCUUUUUCCAUUUCGACCAGUAUUUACCGACAGCCACUUUUAGGUUUAACUUAAUUUUCAUAUAAAGAAUCGAUUUUUGUUUGAAAAUAUAAGUGAUCACAGAUGAUGGUCCUUGAUUUUCAUAUAAUAUAUCAAUUUUUGGUUGGAAAUAUAAGUGAUCACAGAUGAUGGUCCUUUUUCCAUUUCGACCACUAUUUACCGACUUAUAGCCACUUUUAUGUUUUGCUUGAUUUUCACAUAAAAAAUCGAUUUUUGAUGGUCCUUUUUCCAUUUGAACCACUAUUUACCGACUUAUAGACACUUUUAGGUUUAACUUGAUUUUCAUAUAAAAAAUCGAUCACAGGUGAUGAUCCUUUUUCCAUUUGGACCACUAUUUACCGACUUAUAUAUUUUACUUGAUUUUCACAUAAAAAAUCGAUUUUUGGUUGAAAAUAUAAAUGAUGACAGAUGCUCGUCCUUUUUCCAUUUGGACCACCAUUUACUGACUUAUAGCCACUUUUAUGUUUUACUUGAUUUUCACAUAAUAAACGGUUUUUGGUGGAAAAUAUAAAUGAUCACAGAUGGCCCUUUUUCCAUUUGGACCAGUAUUUACCGACUUAUAGCCACUUUUAUGUUUUACUUGAUUUUCACAUAAAAAAUAGAUUUUUGGUUGAAAAUAUAAAUGAUCACAGAUGAUCGUCCUUGAUUUUCAUAUAAAAUAUCGGUUUUUGGUUGAAAAUAUAAAUGAUCACAGAUGAUCGUCCUUUUUCCAUUUGGACCACUAUUUAACGACUUAUAGCCACUUUUAUGUUUUACUUGAUUUUCAUAUUAAAAAAUCGGGUUUUGAUUGAAAAUAUUUUCUCAUAAAAAAUCGAUUUUUGGUUGAAAAUAUAAGUGAUCACAGAUGAUCGUCCUUUUUCCAUUUGGACCACUAUUUACGGACUUAUAGCCACUUUUAUGUUUUACUUGUUUUUCACAUAAAAAACGGUUUUGGUGGAAAAUAUAAAUGAUCACAGAUGAUCGUCCUUUUUCCAUUUGGACCACUAUUUACCGACUUAUAGCCACUUUUAGGUUUAACUUGAUUUUCAUAUAAAAAAUCGAUCACAGGUGAUGAUCCUUUUUCCAUUUGGACCACUAUUUACCGAAUUUUACCCACUUUUAUAUUUUACUUGAUUUUCACAUAAAAAAUCGAUUUUUGGUUGAAAAUAUAAAUGAUCACAGAUGAUGGUCCUUUUUCCAUUUGGACUACUAUUUACCGACUUAUAGCCACUUUUAUGUUUUACUUGAUUUUCAUAUUAAAAAAUCGAUUUUUGAUUGAAAAUAUUUUCUCAUAAAAAAUCGAUUUUCUGUUGAAAAUAUAAGUGAUUACAAAUAAUCGUCCUUUUUCCAUUUGGACCACUAUUUACCGACUUACAGCGACUUUUAUGUUUUACUUGAUUUUCCAAUAAAAAAUCGAUUUUUGCUUGACCAUAUAGGUGAUCAAAGAUGAUCGGCGGUUUUUCCAUUUGGAUGACUAUUUUAAAUAGUAUAAUUGUAUGAUUCCGUUUGUAAUCAUUCAACCAUGUUCAUUUGGGACCUUGUAAAGUAUAAAUAUUAUGGAUGCUUAUAAAGGGCUGAGUCGAUUUUGCUGUCUUCAUAUGUUGGCUGAUCAAUAAAAAUCAAAAAUCAGCUAGAAUCAUAAGAAUUUUUCGCCAUAAAUAUAUUAAAAAAAAAACCAUGACUACUGAACCCACCUACUUUACCUUUUUAACUGUUUUGAAUCGGUAGCCAACCUUGACAAAUACAAAUCGUAACAGUGAUCUGCAGCAUAAAUAUUUACUGACAUAAGGUGAAGUUUUGAAAAUAACUAAGUUUAAAAAUCGUACGAUUUUGAUUAUUUACAACUUUUAUCAUAAAAAUAUAAGAUAGGUUAUAAAGGAAAUAAAAAUGUAACAUACUUUUCCAAAAA